AUGGUUGCCAGGCGACGCCUGGCCAUGGGCAACGGUUCGAUUAAAGCCCCAAAGGCCGAGGAGAAUAGCUGCCUGGCCUCCAUCCACCAGACUGGCCUGGAAACAGAGCUCAGGUCAGAGCCAGAACUCAGUACCCAUCAAAGGAAACCUACUGCAAGGAGAGUUUAUUGUAUUGUACUUUGCAUUAAGGACCAUAUUCAGAAGUUUGAACUUGUUGAAAAGUUGUUAUUUGCACAAGGGUAAGACUCUAAAAUAUUUGAUCUCUACACAUUUUGGGCCUGAUCUACUAAAGGUUUAAGUAUACAAGAGCUUGUGCAAUUUUGAUAACGCACACAAAGCUGUUCUACUAACCGGGGGCACUGAGGAUUGCAUCCGUCAAAUGAGCAAAACAGCACUCUCAAUCCAUUUAGUAUGUUUGCCCCCAUGAAUAUGGCAUAGAAUCAUUUAGCAACCGCAAUGUGAAUUAUUAAACCUCAAAUUGAUUGAGCUCGCUGUUUUGCAUCUAUAUGUAGCACACUGGCACGUUCAAACUGGCAAAACCUUAUGCACAAAUAGCCUUGGUCAUUGUGGCAAGAUGUAGGCAUAUGGACAAUGACAGACACAAGAGAGAGAGAGUCUCCUGUGUUAAGUGUCAACAUAUUGAGACAGAAAGAAUGUCAUAUUAGUUGUUAGCUUACAUUAAUAUGCGCGAUAAGGAAAUUAUGUUUAUUUCUAUGCAAAUACAAAACAAUACAGUACAGGAACUCUAUUGAUCCCCAAAGGAGAAAUUCAUCAAAUGGGAGUCAUUGCAAAAAAAAAAAAAAAAAAAAAAACAUCUAAUGCAUCAAUCCCUAGUGCAGAACAGUCGUGCACAGGUCAAAGUAAAAUAUUUUCUGAUGAGAGCAAACUCUCGAACCUAAAAUUCACACAUCUGCUCAUAAAGUCUGUUUGCAUUGCGCUAACAGUGUUAUUUGAUAAUAAACAAGUGAAAUCAGUCUUAGGCCAUCUGUGGCUAAACUCCUGCACAUUCAGGCAGCAUGCAGACUUUUUAAAUUCUUCCUUUUAUCGGAACAAGCUCCUUCUUCCAGCUUGACAUAAAGUGUAUAUGAACUGUGAUAUUUUGUGGUCGUUUAUCAGCUUCAUAAUCAUGUAGAGACUCUUUUUGGCCAUCUACAAAACCCAAUUCCAUUGGAGUUGGGAAAUUGUGAUAAACCUAAAUAAAAACAGAAUACAAUGACUUCAAUUGAAUACACUACAAAGACAAGAUAUUUCAUGUUCAAACUCAUAAACUUUAUUUUUUUUUUUUGCGAAUAAUCAUUAACUUUAGAAUUUGAUGGCAGCAACACAUGACAAAGAAAUUGGGAAAGGUGGCUAAAAAUACUGAAAAAUUUGAGGAAUGCUCAUCAAACACCUAUUUGGAACAUCCCACAGGUUAGCAGGCUAAUUGGGAACAGGUGGGUGCCAUGAUUGGGUAUAAAAUCAGCUUCCCCAAAAAUUCUCAGUCAUUCAAAAGCAAGGACGGGGCAAGGUUCACCACUUUGUGAACAACUGUGUGAGCAAAUAGUCGAACAGUUUAAGAACAACGUUUCUCAAAGUACAAUUCCAAGGAAUUUAGGGAUUUCAACAUCCACGGUCCAUAAUAUCAUCAAAAGGUUCAGAGAAUCUGGAGAAAUCACUGCACGCAAGUGGCACAGCCAGAAACCAACAUUGGAUGCCCGUGACCUUCGAUCCCUCAGGCAGCACUGUAUCAAAAACCGACAUCAAUGUGUAAAGGAUAUCACCACAUGGGCUCAGGAACACUUCAGAAAACCACUGUCAGUAAAUACAGUUCGUCGCUUCAUCUGGAAGUGCAAGUUAAAGCUCUACUAUGCAAAGUGAAAGCCAUUUAUCAACAACAUCCAGAAACACCGCCGGCUUCUCUGGGCCCGAGCUCAUCUAAGAUGGACUGAUGUAAAGUGGUAGAGUGUUCUGUGGUCUGAUGAGUCAACAUGUCAAAUUGUUUUUGGAAAUAGUGGACGUUGUGUCCUAAAGGCUGAAGAUGAAAAGAACUGCCCACACUGUUAUCAACGCAAAGUUCAAAAGUCAGCAUCUUUGAUGGUAUGGGGGUGCAUUAGUGCCCAAGGCAUGGGUAACUUACACAUCUGUGAAGGCAACAUUAAUGCUGAAAGGUACAUACAGGUUUUGGAGCAACAUAUGCUGCCAUCCAAGCAACGUCUUUUUCAUGGAUGCCCCUGCUUAUUUCAGCAAGACAAUGCCAAGCCACAUUCUGCACGUGUUACAACAAUGUGGCUUCAUAGUAAAAGAGUGCAGGUACUCGACUGGCCUGCCUGCAGUCCAGACCUGUCUCCCAUUGAAAAUGUGUGGCACAUUAUGAAGCGUAAAACAUGACAACGGAGACCCCAGACUGUUGAACCACUGAAGCUGUAAAUCAAGCAAGAAUGGAGCAUACCGGUAGUUUAGACGGGUCACGGAGUCAAACUACAGUUAGCUGAUCUUAAGACAGCCCUCAGUCAGGUGACAGCUCAGGUGAUCGCCCUCUAGAUAUCCUAUUGGCUAUUGUAAAAAUGGCGCCCUAUUUAAACUGCUUCUCCUGCCUACUCUGCCUGCUGCAACCACUCUGCAAGGCUGCAUCCGCUCUGCAAGCUCCCACUCAUGAGAACACUCAGAUCUGCAUUUUUUGCUUUUUCCUACCUUGCUCUUCAUCAUGUCGAGCCCUGCCCACAACCAUGAUCCAUGGCAGAUGACUGCUUUUCUGAAAUGCAACAUCAGCAAUGCGAAGUCGAGGAAGCCAGUCCUUGCAAUAACAGCUGCGUUCCCUUCCCCAGGAGCUCUCCUCUGGCAAGGAAAACUUCUAUUUCUUCCAGCUUCAUGAACGGCCGAAGUCCAGACUCCUGGAAGUCCUUUAAAAAUACCAUCACAGCUCCAGAUGGUGCCUCACAUCAAGAGCUUUUUACCUUGUUUAUGGAAAAUAUCCACAUAGAGCCUGCACUGGCAGUUCUCUCUUCCUCCUCUGUCUCCAGAAAAGCAACCGAGAAAAGAAAACACAGUUCCCGCAGCGUCACAGCAGUUCAGCUUCAGCCGCCACGCUGCCGCCCACAGAGCGCAAGGCCCAACCCCAGCUACCAGAACCACAGAUGUGGAUGACAAUCCCAUUCUGAAAGCACUGUCCAGCAUCCAGUCAUCACCUACCCAUAUGUCUUUAAGGAUCGAAGCCUUAGAAUCCAGUUCGGCAUGUGAUAGGCUGUCUUCCUCCAUCCCAGCUAUCACACCUGCAUUCACCGUGCUGAACGAAGACAUCACUCCAGCGACAACCGACGACAGCGUCACCUUCCCACGAAGGACCCUGGGAAGUGCAGUCCCCGUCUCCACCGGCUUCCCAUUCUUCCCUCCCGUGGCUGUAAUUACACCUAAUCUGCAGAGCCAAAUCCUCGCAGGUACUGAUGUCGAUCUUGUAAAAAAACUUGAAAAAAAACUAAAAAAUCUUUCAUGUAGCACAUGAAAGCUGGGAGGGUCGCCAUGUAUGGUUGUUUUGGGGGGGUUAAAUUUAUUUACCUUAAUCAUAUUUAUUUGCUGCUGCUAUCUCUGCCUUCGCUUUUCAUGUAUGCACAUGAAAGGGAGGGGAGGAGCUCUCCCCUCUUAUAGCUGUGGCAUUCCAUGCAAGCACAUGGAAGGGCAAAGAACUCUCAGAACAGAGCCAUACCGCCAUUGUAAAAAUGUUUGCUUGUAAUAAAUAAUUUAUUUUGACUAAAGUGAUCCUGACUGAAAAGAAGCAAAGCGGUAGUUCAGGCAGGUCACGGAGUCAAGCUAAAGGCUACAGUUAGCUGAUCUUAAGCCAGCCCUCAGUCAGGUGACAGCUCAGGUGAUCGCCCUCUACACAUUCUAUUGGCUAAUGUCAGAAUGGCGCCCUAUUUAAUUUGCUUCUCCUGUCUACUCUGCCUGCUGCAACCACUCUGCAACCCACCUCCACCCCAGCUCCUCCUGUUUAUGUUGUGUCUGAUCUUACCAGUGUCAUAUGUAUUGUCACUGUUGCUUGCUCUGUUCUGUGGGGGGAUUUUAAUUUAUUUAUCUUAAUCGUAUUUAUUUGCUGCUGCUUUCUCUGCCUUGGCUUUUCAUGUAUGCAUAUGAAAGGAAGGGGAGGAGCUCUCCCCUCUUAUAGCCGUGGCAUUCCAUGCAAGCACAUGGAAGGGCAGAGAACUCUCAGAACAGAGCCAUACCGCCAAAAUGUUUGUUUGUAAUAAAUAAUUUAUUUUGACUAUAGUGAUUCUGACUGAAAUGGGAAAGAAUUCCACCUUCAAAGCUUCAACAAUUCGUCUCCUCAGUUCCCAAACAUUUAUUGUGUGUUGUUGAAAGGAAAGGUGAUGUAACACAGUGGUAAACAUGCCCCUGUCCCAACUACUUUGGCACAUGUUGCAGCCAUGAAAUUCUGAGUUAAUUAUUAUUUGCAAAACAAUUAAAGUCUUUGUAGUAUAGGUUGAAAAGAAUUUGCAAAUCAUUGUAUUCUUUUUUUUUUACUUAAGUUUAUCACAAUUUCCCAACUUAAAUGGAAUUGUGUUUUGUAACUCAUCAUAUACUGUGUGUGAAAGUAACACUGUGUAAUACUAAUACUGUGUGUGCUGUCAGGAUGAGAGUGCACAACACAUCUCUGUGCAGCUAGGCAUGGAUAGAAAACAUGUUGAGAGUGAAUGAUGCAUGGUUUAUGGUGCUAUCAGCAGCCACAGUUUCCUUUUCUUGGUAAAUGAUCUCUCAGUUUGUGUUGGUUAAUUAGCUGUUUUGUCCUUUGCCUUCAAAUGUACUCAUUCAACAUUAAACAAUUUCUGUCCCACAGGAUGAGGAUCACUCACCUGGAAACAGAGCUGGCUCUUAAAGACCAAGAGUUCAGAGCCCAAGAGAUUCAGCUGCACAAUCUUCAGCGAGAACUAGAUGCCAAGAUCUCCCAGAUUGACAAGCUCCAGGAUGCCAUCGGUUACAACAGCAAUCUGUGCUGUUCUUCUCCGGCAGUGUGUCGCCACAGCUGCCGCUGUUUCAGUGUCAUCAACCAGGGUUCAAACCGCUUUCACAAGGUGGCAGUGGAGGUCCACCGUAGGCUCAAGGCAAAGGAGGGCGUCUCUGCUGAACCCACAUCCGACAACUUUUGUGGCGGGUUCAGAGAGACUCACAUCUCUAACGCCAAGGCCAUCCGCAAACAUUCAGUGUAAGUUAAAGAGACAGUCCACAUAAAAUGUAUGCUUACGAUGUGAAAUGUGAAACACAACCUUAACAAAUAUAUUUAACAGUAAAUAGUGCAAAGACAGGUGAGAAGUUCAUUCUUACCUAAAAGAGGAUUUCAGCUUCUCAACAGUUCAGGGUCUCCUCUGUCCUGUUUUUGGUGUCAUGAUAUUCUAAAUGUUUCUAUUGGGGGACAAGUCAGGACUGCAGGCAGACCAGUUUCUCAGCAGGACUCUUCCCCUACAGAGCCAUGCUGUUGUAAUCCCUGUAGUCAGAAUGUGGUUUGUCUUUGUCUUGCUGAAAUAUGAAGGUCUUCCUUGAAAACGUCAGCAACAGACUGACAGCAUUACGUCAAAGGAUGAAAACAGAAAAAACUCUGCAUUUCUGUAUCUUUUGCAUGUACAGUAUGACAGCUUCUGGUUCCCUUUGUCAUCCCUUUGUAUUCUGGCCAGGUUUGUUCUGCCUAUAAAUACAACGCAUUUAUACUGUUCAGCUUACAGGGCGAAGCCCAAUUUGUGAACUCUGGAGAAUGUUUGGUACACUUAGUCCAUUUCAGUCUAAUUGAGAUAUAAAAAACAAGGUAAAUUGAACCACAACUGCACUAACAUUGUAUGUUCAUCUGGUUAGAAGAGGUUCAAUUUAGUGCAGUUUCAGUCUAGCUCACACAAUCACAUUCACUCAGUCUAAUGUGAUAAAUUGAUUUUGGAUGACAUGUAAGUGCAAUGAAUGACAAACGUAGUUGGUCAACAGCCUGAACACUGGUUGAGAUCCAAAUUUAAACAGAACCAUGGGGUAUGACAGAGUCACACAACAAUCAAAUCUCUUACUGGGUCAGUCUCAUGAAAAUGGAGUAAAUGUGGUCAGCCCUGAUGUUUGUAGGAGGAGGACAGAGCUCUAGACAGCUUUGUAACACCGCCUCCAUGUGAAAGGCUGUAUUAGCAUAGCAGGGACAAUGACACAGGGAAACAAAAGACCAUGUCAUUUAAACAGGAUUGACCAUAAUGGGUUUCAAUUACGCAACCCAAGACACCCCCUCACCCUGCUCCUCUCAGACCCAUUCAGUUCUCUCCUUCACUGGAUACUAGAGAAAAUUAUCUGUGUGAUGUGCUAAUCAGGGAUUUACACAGGCACAGACUCAAGGAAAUUGAUUAAACAGCUGAGUUUAAUGCAAUGGUCUGACCUAGAUCAGGAUCUGCAAAACUUGUAUGAAAAUAGUACAGUUUAACACAGAGGAGUCCUAACAGGUGAUAGAAAGACUGAAAGAUCAGCCUCAAGUCAGAGCUAUUAAAAAUUACUGUGAAAUUAAGUAAGAUUCAAAUUAAAUUUAAAUCAACGACUUGUUCUGAGUGCUAUGUGGCCUCUCUUUACAAAUCUUAACAAAAUCAGUCUGGCACACCUACAGAGGAGCUCUGUAUGAUGUGCAGCUCUACUGUAAAACUGCCUUAUUGAUCUCAUGCUGACGCCUGAUAAAUGGUCUAUUUUAACAAUAUUCAGCUUCUGCCUAAAAUGCUUCACUUUUGCUUUGGAGUGUUACUUUUUACACAGAUUUGUUGUCCUGAGACAACCAAGAAGGCACGUCUGUACAGAAAACCUCUGGGACUCAUACUGGCCUUUAUUUACAAAGGAGUCAUCAGUGAAGUGUCAAGCACAAACAGCUCUGUUGUGCCUGUCGUCCUCACACAUCCAAACUUCACACUAUCCAUAUUGAGAACAGCAAAUGGACAUUUUUGGUUGAACAUAAAGGGUGAAUGCUCUUUAAGUUUAGUCAACUAAAAAUUUAUGAUGUCUUUCAGAAGUAGUUUCUGGAGUAGAUUUAUAACUUUUAUUUAUAUAGCACAUUUAAAAACACAUGUUUACAAAGUGCUUUAACAGAAGAAACAAACAAAGGCAGAAACAGACAAAGGAAAAUUGACAGUGGAAAAAAUGGACAGGUAAAAAUGGACAGUUAAAGAUUGGUGGUUGAUGGUUGACGGCAACCAUUUGACAUUCAGUCUUUGUUUUUCCCUCCUUCUCAGCACCAAGAGGCUCAUCAACAGUGCCAUCAUGAACAAUGACUUUUUGAAGAAGCUGGAGGCUCAGCACAUGAGGGAGAUGGUGGACUGUAUGUAUGAGAAGGUUUACAGCGAGGGUCAGCUGGUCAUCCAGGAAGGAGAGCCUGGGAAUUACCUCUACGUCCUAGCAGGUCAGCCCGGGCUUUAUACGAAGCUUUCUUCCAUUAUUUUUCCCAGUUUACUACAUCUCAGUUAGCUUUGGUGUCCAGCUGGAGUUAAGGAAAGUUGUUGAGGUUUACUGGCAUAUGAAAUGUAACAGAGGAUGAUUAGCAGAGGAUAAACCAUCCAGCCUAUGCCGAACAAAUAGAGGAUGUAGAAGUGAGGUGGUGCACAGAUCAUCAGGAGAUAGUCCACCUUCUUACCUGGCAGAGCAUCACUAAGGUGUCUGUGUUUUUGUCAUGGCGGGGCCAGAAAAAGUUAGCAUCUAAGUCUGCAAACAUAACUACUGUAUUACAUGACAUAACAGUAUGUAUUUUAAAGUAUUUUAAACUGAGUUUCUUUGAUUUGGUUUGAAACACACAAAAGGGAGGGCAAAACCAAACUUUGCUCAGUUUGUACUGUUCAACAGUUAAGUCCAAAUAAGAUUUUCCUUUUUUUCAUAUCACUGACUCUCCUAAUAGUGCCCUGCCUCUAUAUAUCAGACUGACUUUUUAACAUUAGGCAGCAUCUCCUGGAAGGCCUUUUCGGCUGUUUCUCACUCUCCCUGCUUCUGGCCCUUUCUCUGUCUUUUAUCUAACAUUUACAGCAAACUAUUACCUGAUUGAAUCCAAUAGGGUAGUACUAAGAUACUCUGUGGAUGACAUUCAGGGCUUUAAAUAAAGGUGAAAUGUCAAAUCUGUAGCCCGAGUCAAGGCCUGUCGCGAUAAUCAAUAAAUCGCCUUAUCGCUCGAUAAAUAAAAACGAGGUCGAUAACUUUGCCAGCCUCGAUAAUUGACGUGCGUUUGUUUUCCUCCUCUCUCGCUACCAAACAUGCUGGAUGAGAGAAGAGGUCUCACUCUGCGCAUUGUUCUCUGCACCUGGGGGCGUUGGCUCUAUAGCGGAAUGAACGGAGUUAGUGAACCCUCCUGUCAGUCAUUCAGUAUCUUUGUGGCGCGCACAGGCACACAGACACAGACUUUUGGAUAUAGUGCUGCAAGUGAGCGUCGUGAGUGAAAAGCAAGCUAACAGAAUGAACACGACAGCUUUGGUGUCUAAACCGAACGCAACAGCCCAAGUGUGGGAAUAUUUCGGCUUUAAACCAGUUUUGUUUUCGUCAACCACAAAACUCCACGUGUGUAUGCGCGCGCGCGUGUGUGUGUCUGUUUGUUGGAGGAGCACAGCAGGCUGAUGAGAGCUGUCAGAGCGGACGGAAGCUGCUCCUAUAUGUUUAGCGUUUAACUGACUGAGUUUUGCAACUCUGUUCGUCAUUUUCGUCUCGUCCCAUCAACGUAAACGCACUUUCGUCUCGUCACAUUUUAGUCAUCUCCGACUUAUGUUUAGCUCGUCAACGUUACGUCUUCGUCGUGGGUGAAAUUAAAGUUUAUCACUUUUGACACGGUGUACUCGCAUUAUUAUGCCAUUUCAUAUCAUUAUCUAUAAUUUAAAAAACGGUGUCAAUAAUAUCGUUUAUCGGCAAUAAUUUGUAGCACAAUUAUCGUCCAGCAAAAUUUGUUAUCGUGACAGGCCUACCCGAGUCCUUUAGUUUCAAUAACACAGUGCUGAUAUUAUGCUACAAGUGACAGUCCAGUAUUCAGAAAGCUGAUCAUUAGUUUAAGUCAAACCUGUGAAGAUAUAGCUAUUAAGUACUAUUAAAUUUGAUUUAAAUAACAUCAUUAUGUGAGAGAAACCGGUAUGCUUUGGUAAGCUAAACUGGGAAUUUUUUAACUUCUUAAUGUGUUGUUGUUUUUUAAGUUCAAUCAAUCAAUCAAUCAAAUUUUAUUUAUAUAGCGCCAAUUCCCAACAGUCGUCAUCCCAAGACGCUUUUCAAAGAACAAGAGCAGGUCUAGACAGCGCUCAUUGUUUGAUGAAUUAUCAAGAAUAAGGUGACCAGAUUUCUGUAAUGAAAUCCGGGGACAUUCGAUGCAGCGGGGUGCGGCUACUAUUUAGUAGCAGCACAUUCCCCUUGUAAUAACCCCUGUACUCCGUAAAAACUGUUGUUCAGGACUGCUUACUUGUGCUUUCUACCCAUUCGGCUACUGUAAUAACCGUUGUUCUAGCCUACACGCAACAUUUUUGUUCUCAUUCAUGAAACGCUUAAAUCAGGGACAUUUUGGGGGACAGUUUUUGCCGGGACAGGUCAUCCAAUUCGGGGCCUGUCCCCGGAAAUCGGGGACGUCUGGUCACCUUAAUCAAGAACCAACCUAAGAUGGGUUUUAGCCUUUCUCAUCUAACAUGAGUAACAGUGGCAAGAAAACACUUCCUUUUAACAGGCAGAAACCUUGAGCAGUGCCAGACAGCCACCAUACCGCUGCUGGGUUGGGGAGGAAUGUAGAGAGAUGGGGGGGGGAAGAGAGAGAGAGAGAACAAGAUAAGGGGAAGGAGAGAGAGAGAAUAAGUAAGGGAGAGGGAGGGGGAGGAAGAGAGAGUAGAGAACGAGGGUGAGAGAGAGAGACGGGACAGCAGCAACAUUAAAACAACAGCAACAACAACAACAGCUCAUGUAAUGGUGAAACAAAAUGAAUUCAGUUUACAGGGUUAGGAUAUGAGUGAUUAUGGACAAUGUUAAAUUCAUUAAAUGUGAUUACAGUUAGCAGGCCUAAUAGUAGUCAACUCUAGUUUUAUGUUAUUAAUGUCAGUGAGGCUGAUGUUCAUGUCUGCAGUAACAGUCCAGAGGAACUCAAGAGAAGAAGGAGCUCAGGGCCUGAGGCGGACAAUCAUAGACGAUGUGGCUGGAGUCAGGCAGGUCUGUAGCAGCCAUCAGUCCAGAGCAACCUAGGAGACUGAGGCUCAGAGACAUACAGAGAGAUCUGGUUUGCAAUUUGAUGCGAGAAAAUGACUUCAAUGUACAGGAUAAUGAAGUAACUAAUUAUGGACUAUGUUAAAUUAAUUUAAGGUGAUUAAAGUUAAAACUCAAUGGCAGUUUACUCUAAUUUUAUUUAAUAGAUGUUAGUUAGGCUGACGUACGUGUCUGCAGUAACAGUCCAGAGGAGCCUAAGAGAUGGAGGAGCUCAGGGCCUGAGGUGGACAAUCAAGGAUGAUGCAGCUGGGGUCAGGCAGUUCCGCAGCAGACCGUCUGCAGCAUUAGUCCAGAGGAAGCUAAGAGACUCAGAGACACCCAGAGAGACAGAAAUCUGGUUAGUGACUUAUAUGGGACAUAAAGAUCUAAAGAAGAGAUAGAGACAGACUCUGGCUCAAUGUGCCAGAUAACCCCGGCAGUCUAAACCUAUAGCAGCAUAACUAAGCGCUGGUUCAAAUCAGCCUCAACUAUAAGCUUUAUCAAAGAGGAACAUUUUAAGUCUACUCUUAAAAGUUGAGAGGGUGUCUGCCCCCUGAACCUCGAGCGGUAAAUGAUUCCAGAGGAGAGGUGCCUGGUAGCUGAAAGCUCUUCCUCCAAUACUACUUUUAGAGACAUUUGGUACAACGAGCAGACCUGCAGAUAGGUAAAAGUAAGGUACAACAAGCUCGUUGAGAUAUGAUGGAGCCUGGCCAUUAAGCGCUUUAUAUGUCACAAGGAGGAUUUUAAACUGAAUUCUAGAUUUAAUAGGGAGCCAAUGAAGAGAGGCUAAGACAGGAGAGAUGUGCUCCCUUCUUCUGGUUCUGGUCAAUACCUGAGCUGCUGCAUUUUGGACCAGCUGAAGAGUCCUUAAAGACUUACUGGAGCAGCCUGAUAACAGAGAAUUACAGUAAUCCAGCCUAGAGAUAACAAAGGCAUGGACUAGUUUUUCCGCAUCACUCUGAGACAGGAUGGGUCUAAUUUUUGAGACAUUGCACAGGUGGAAAAAAGCUGUCCUAGAGAUUUGUUGAAUGUGGGAGCUAAAGGACAAUUCCUGAUCAAAUAAAACUCCCAGAUUUCGCACAGUGGGGCUGGAUGCCAGACUGAUGCCAUCUAGCAUAACUAUAUUAUUAGAGAAUGCCUCUCUAAGGUUUUUAGGACAGAGGACAAGAACUUCAGUUUUGUCUGAGUUGAGCAUCAGAAAGUUAUUGGUCAUCCAGGAUUUUAUUUUUACAAGCUUCUAAUUUAGUAACCCGAUUUGUUUCUUCUGGCUUCAUGGAUAAGUAUAACUGGGUGUCAUCUGCAUAACAGUGGAAAUUAAUCGAGUACUUCAUAAUUUUACCCAGAGGAAGCAUGUACAAGCUAAAGAGUUGGUAAAAGUUGGUAAAAGGUAAAAGUUGUGAAUAUCAAAGUUUCAGAGUCUUGUCAUGUCAUGAGAAAUUGUGCAGAUGAAAUAAUCUUGACUCAGAUAAUGAAGCCUCUCAUAAAGUUUAUCAUGACUGGACAGUCAUCUGGGUCACUGUGGUUGUCUUUUUGAAAAACUUAUCAAAUGCAAAUAUUAUGAUAUCAACAACCCUACUCUGGCAGUAACUUUUUGACUUUUAUGGUAAACGUUCGACCAGUCUGCUGAUUCUAUGCAGGGAAAAAUCCCAUCAGUAGUUUCCCCACACUGUCAAUCUUAGUUCCCAACUUAUCAGGUCUGCUUUUUAAAGUUUCAUGGGGCAUUCACACCAAGCACAAGUAAAAUUGCACAUCUCUAGACACGUGAAUGAAAAGUAUUUACUCGCUUUAUUUGUGAUCAGGUGAUAGACAACGGUUUUUCACAGUUUACCAGAUAUUCCAACCUCCUCACUCCCUUUCCUCCAGGCGAGCUCCUUUUGAUUACUGUUUUUUUUAAAAAGCCAUGGGUACGAGGGAAGGGGGGAGUUUUCAUCAAACAUGAUAGGAGUGAACCACAUGUAGCGGAUACAGCCAUCAUCAGCUGCACCCUGAUGAUGGCUGUAUCCAGUGGUAUUUUCGGGUUGCCCGAACCCAAGUUGAUGACCUGUUGAUGAGGGUUGGUGCCAGGAUAUUCCUCCAGGAUACCAAUUACAGGCUCUCUAUCCCAGCUGCAGAGUGCCUGUCCAUCUGUCUACUGUGAGUAAAAGGAUUUGUGUAUAUAUUUUCACACCAGUGAACAUCUUCUGGUCCUUUUUCAUAUGUCACCAGGGGAUCUUCAUGCUUAUUGGUUAUUGCGACAUGAAUAAGUUGAGAUAUUUUCAACUCUUGGGAAUUCAUGUCUGCUCAAUUCGUGCGAUUCACAUCACCCAAUCCGCAUCAUUUGCGCUGCCAGAGCAGUACGAGCAUCAAAUCCCGUCUUUGCAUUGACUUAACAUGUAAUUCUUUCCUGGAAUGAUUUUACUUGUGCUUGGUGUGAACACCCCAUCACAGUCAUGUUUGUGUUGUGAUUUGAGCUUCAAAUUCAGUUUCAUUCAAAGACUGGUUUGGCUCUCAGAUGAGUGAGAGGCACAGACCAUAGACUGUAUAUAAGAUGGACAGAGUCUGCCUCCUCGCUGCGUGAAGCCACUCCGAGAACAGCACCCUCUGAUGGUGGGCUGCAGUACAGCUCAUAAAUCCCACCUCCGCCAGCAAAGCUUAUGGGACUGUGGACAAACUUUAGAAAUUUAUUACACAGAACAUACAUUUUUCUCCCCCCUGGUUGUGAUGUUGUCAUAUAGUUACAGUAAGACUGGUUUGUGCCCAAGUCCUUUUUUUUUUCUGUACAGCUCCGUUUUUAAAAGUUAUUAGGGGGUUCAUGUUUUCUAUGAUUGACACCUGGUACAGCCUAUGGGCGUUCAGGGAUUGCGUAGCUCUUCCGGGGGAAUACGCUGUUUGAGCUGAGCGUCAUCACAGGGACUCUCGGCGACUGCGCGGCCGAAUGUGCACAACGCUACUGCACAGCUCUGGAGAGCUUUUUGGCUUCAAAUCCGUAUACAGGCGGAAGGCGGAACCACGGUGUCCAUCUUAUAUACAGUCUAUGGCACAGACACAGACAAAGGUUGAACAUCCUCAUACAAUACAGCAAAUAAGUCAUUCAAUCUUUUUUUAGAAGCUGGAGAUUGUGUUUUGUAGCCUGCUCUGUUACCACAAUAACCCUCACAUGCAUAUUGCCUAAAAACCACUCUAAUAAGUAGUUUCAGUCACUAAGGGCUCUAUUUUCGUGUACGCCGGUGAGGGGACAGAGGGCGGCGAGCCCUGUGCAGUUGUAUUUUCGUAUUUUCGUGGACUGAGGCGCACGGAGGCGAGCCGAGAUCUGCCUAGCUGGACGUGGUGGCAUGGCAGGGGGAGGUGUCGACAGAAUCAGUGGGCGCAGUGACAUUUUUGUGCUCGCCACCGGCGUGUAAAGUGCGCUGAAAGCUCGCCGAUUCAAACCUGGUCAGCUUUCAGCGCAGGCGGAACGCAGCUGGUCUAGUAGUAUUUUGGUAGACCGGCGGCGUAUUGGCAUACAUCACUGAUGCCUCACCGGCAGGUUUCCACAGUGUCAGGCACAUUUCAGUGCAAUAAAUAAUCAAUAACAACUAAUAAUCAGAGUCAGCACAUACAUUUAGAUCUAUAUAUUCUGAUCCAUAUCUGAUCUGAUGAGCGCGUUUGGCACACGUUUGGACAGACAACCUGACUGAAUCAACACAGCUGAAACCGCAUUAAAUUGAAUUAAAUAUCUAGUAAAUAGACACACAUGAUGAAGUUAACUAGAUAUGUAAUUCGUCUCACUCCUUUUCUUUCUUCCUCUUCCCCUUAUUUCUCACGCAGUUCGACCUGGACACGUCUCUGUGUCCUCUUUCUGUCCUGCAGCGGCUGAACAGAUGAUUUGUUUCAGUUCCCAGAUGCGUUAUCUACUUUAAGCCGACAUACGGAUAUUAUAAUAUUCAGUUUUGUGAAGCAAAUUUAUUUUAUAUGCCAACAUCUAUGAAAGAAAGAGCCAGGCCACGGAGCACGAUGCGUCAUUUACGCACAGAUGGUUCCAAUUUUAAUGCCAUUAUUGGAAUUUAUGUUGUGAUCUCUGCGCACAACCCACCUUUGUCACGUGAGGUUUGAAUAUGAACAACUUUAUGUGAGUGUCUUUAUUUGUGGAAAAGGGUGUUUGUCUUACCAGUGGGUCGAACAUUACACACACCAAAUCCAUCUGUGCUCAUAUGAGAGAGUGUGGAGGACGCCCAAUGCAGCGCUUACAGUGACACUAGUUAAGGAGCUGCCCUCUGUCGCCAUCUUGUUGCAUUACUGUCUUCAGACAUCUCUUGAUCUCUUUGACUACUUCACGAAAAUGGUAAUACACCUCGCCUGUGGUGGAUUUAAAGGCAAGGAGAGGAGCUUAUGUGAUUGGUGAAAACAGGUCUCGGCUGUGUUAAACCCACUCCACGCCCUUUCUCCUCCCUCGCUAUGACUUACGCCGCUGGGAGGAGCUGAGUUAGGGAUGGGGGAUACUUACGCCGGGCUCCGCUGCUCACCAAAAUACCAAAUUGUGCUUGGGAACGCCUUGUCGGCUUGGCAGACCUGACUUACGCCGCGCCUGCAGCACGUCUCCGGCGAGGCACGAAAAUAGAGCCCUAAGAGUUCAGACAAACAAGUCAGAUCUCCUUAGACUAGUUUGCUGUGUUUACCAUGUUUAUCCUUUUGUAGCGGGCCUGUUGGAGGUCAUCCAGAAUGGGAAGCUCCUGGGAGAGAUGCAUCCUGGAACAGCUUUUGGAGAGCUGGCCAUUCUGUACAACUGUAAGAGGACAGCAACGGUGAAAUGUAAGUCAAAGCAGAAGUUUCUCUGAAAUAAAAUGAACUCAGCUGCAACUUGCACUUGUGCGUUGAUGUAGCUCUACAUUAUGAAAUGAAAUGAGCAGUGUCCACCAUGCUGCUCUUGCCUUCAUAGUGUCUGUUCUGUGUGUGUGUGUGUGUGUGUGUGUGUGUGUGUGUGUGUGUGUGUGUGUGUGUGUGAGUGAAUCUUUGUUGUACGUGUUUAUUGUCUUUACACACAUUGUCCCACAGUUGCAUUUUUAGUUGACAUGUUCAGCAUGAAUCUGGAUUUAGAGCCCCAGUCAGGCCCAGAAAAACCUGGCUGAGUACAGAAAUACGCCCACAGUCCUAAAUGUUUCCAUUUGUGGGAUGAAUGUCAAUAGCAUCAUCUCAUUCCUAGAGACAAAGGAAUCAACCUUUUUUCCAAAACACUGCAGUGCUUGAAAUGAACUUUAUUACUCAGUAGUGCUGGUGCUUUUCACUUCAAAAAGGUGAGCACACCAGUGAAAUGAAGGAGAAGCCUACUGGAGUGUCACAACUACAAUACACAGCGAAUGCUUUGUUACGUGUGACCUCUGUCCCACAGCCUGUUCAGUGAAUAUGGUGUAUUUUUCCAUUUUAUAGUAGAGCCAUUUAAAGUAGUUGAUUAGUAAUGCCUGCUUAGAGGGUUAGAAUUAUGAUGUCAUGAUACAACCAUAACAUCUAUCAUAGAGAAAUGUACCACAAUGAUUAUUUCUGCUCUCACAAAUUUGCUGCAAUGUGUUCUGUAAAGUAUGUGGCAGAUAUCAUGUCAAUGCAGAGCCCUGCAGAUUUUCAAAAUCACCUGCUAAAGACCAUUAAAAUUAACCACUUUAAGGAAUAUAAUCUACAUUACACUGUGUGCUUCAUUCUGCAUGCAAAAGUUUUAACAGAGAUUCCUUAUAAUGUAUAGAGUGUCAGAUACUCUCACUGCAAAAUGCCAGUGAUUAUUCCUGUUUUUUUACUCUAACGUGACGUGCAGGAUAUCCCUCAGAGCACAGACCACAAAGCUUCUGUUUGUGAUCAGAAGAACAAAAGGGUGAUUUAAGUCCUGAUCUCACUGUAUUCUUCAAUCUGUUGUAAGAAGUGAGAGACACAUGUGGUGCUUCGUCAGACAUCAAAUAAAACCCUCCAUCCAGAAGGACCCUUGUCUGUCCUCCUCAUGACACAUCAGCGUGUUGAAGGAGUAGUUAAUGGUUACACUCUCAUCCAGCUGUGUCCCAGUCUCACAUCUGGGCUCUGGACCGCCAGACUUUCCAGACCAUUAUGAUGAGGAGCACACAGGCCCGACAUGAAGAGUACUUCAACUUUUUGUGCAGGUAUGCACACAACCAACACUCUGAGUGUCUUAUUUCAGCUACAAACACACACACAUGUUCACAAUGCAUACUUUAAGAGUUCAUGAGGUGUUUUAAAUUACUGCUUCUCAAGAUGUCAUUACUAAACAGUGCCAAAAACUGCUGUUAGGAGUCGAGCAUCAUCAGAGCUUAGAAUCUAUAUAACACUUCACGAUAGCAGCCUCAUAACAAAUAUAUAAUGAAUGAUUAGUUAACAUUAGUUAAAAGGUUCAUUGUGUGUAAGCCCUCAUUAAACUCUCAUGGAGAAGCUAAAGAUGACUUAAAAAGAACACAGUUACUUCUGAAUUAUUGACCCAUUACCCAUCAUUGGUCACUCUCUUGUACCCUCGCUGACUGCAGUCUAUUAUCAAAAGGCCGUGCAGUCCUUUGGAAAAUUGAAAUUGUCAUCUAAAUGUUAGACAUAGAAGUCAGUCUAAAUCACUUUUUCAACUAAGAAUGAGGGCAGGUCAGCUGACGGCAAAUAUAAAUAUAAUGCCAAUGUCACACUGCAUUUGACUGAUUAGUAGAAGCGUGUGUCUCUGAGGGUGGCAGUAUACCAACGUCCAAGGCUCUUUACUGUUUUUUCCAACACAGUUGGUAUGGGUUCCUUGCCCAUGUAAAACAGCAGUUCUGAGAGCUCCCCCUUGUUGACUGAAAUGCUUCUGGACUUGCUCGGUUUGAUUUCCCACUGGAUGUUGUCCUGUAGCUUGCUUAACAACAGUCUUGCACAGGCCUUGGUAGUGGUGAGAAUGGUAAAAUCAUCAUAUAUGCCCAGACAGGAGGAAGGCACAGGCCACACCUGGGGCCUCAUGUAUCAACACUUGCGUGGAACUCAUACCAGAAACGAGCGCACGCAAGGUCCGUCACGCUGAAAAAAAUCCGUAUGUAUCAAUGUGUGCGGGCGCCGAAAUCCACGUGUGUUUCCUUGAUAAAUCCCAAUCAGCGUGGAAUUGAGCGCAGAUGUCGGAGUGACUGGGCCCGUCCCCGUAACGCCCUCCUAUAAAUAUGCAGAUUUAUUUAAAUAGGGUCUCCCUGUCCUCGCACGCAGACAAAAUGACAAGAAAAACUAAAUUUACGGCGUGCGAGAUGGAGGUGCUGGUGGCGGAGGUGGAGGAGCGACAGCGUGUUUUGUUUGGCAGCCUGUCCAGUGGCGUCAGUGCAAAACAAAAACGCUUGGAGUGGGAGAAAGUUUGCGAGAGGGUGAAUGCGGUGGGUUCCGAGACACGCACCCCCACGAAGAUUAAAAAAAGUGGUCGGACCUCAAGGUGGAGGUCAAGCUGCGUACAGCUGCCCUCCGGAGGAGUACUGGCCAGACAGGUGGGGGUCCGGGGGAGGAGACCCUCACGCCGUUUGAGCAGCGGGUGGUGGCGAUUAUUAUUAUAGGGUAAGUGGCGUGUCACACAAAUGUCCACAUGCUUUGUCAUCCCACUGAGCAAAAGACGUAUAUUAGACGUCUAGUCUAAGUUUAUACUUCAUUUCAACGUCAGGAUUCUGUCUAUUUUUAGACGUGAUUUAUACUUCGCCCUUAACUUCAUUUUUCGAUAACUUUUUAUGCAAUAAACAACUGUAAUGUGCAUAACUGACCUCUAAAUACUGGAUUACAUUACCUAUGAUACCGUGGAGAGAGAUGUAAACGCAACAGAUACACAGAAGCAGGAAUUGAAAUGAACAAAUAUUUUUAUUGUGUCACAGAAAUCAAUGUGUCGGCCGUGUCGCCGGCUUGCGGAACCCCGGCCCGCGGCAGCCCGUCUGCCGGCUCGGAGUCGUCGGCCAGGACCAGCGGCUUUCGGGCCACCCCGGCCCCCGGCCCCAGCACCAGCACCAGCAUCAGCACCAGCGGAGGGGGUCCUGCAAUCGCAGGAAGAAAUCAUCAGGGGGAUCGCGGGGAUCAACGAGCGGCUGGACCGGCUCGUAAAUGUCCUCGAGCGUCUGGUGGAGAAAAUAAAUUAAUUUGGCUCCUUGAACUGUGUAUUCACUUCUUACCCAUUCACACUGUGGCGAUGAGAUUCUCCCGCGCGAGGACGGCGGCCCGGCAGGGAUCAGCUCGCAUCCCUCCGUUUGCUGCUGGUUCGUCAUGUGGGGCGACAUGCUGCUCGGCCACGGGGAUGUGGUGCACGCUUGUCACAUAGUGAGUCACCAAACACCGCCACACAGCGUCGCCAAAGUGCGAAUCACAGUCAACGCAAAUAUCAGCUCAACGCCAAUUUCUACACCACCUCCUGACUUUGCGUUGAUUAGCGCUGGAACCGACGCUCGUUUCGCGAUGAUAAAUCUGGACGUGUGCGCCGAUUUUGGCGUACGCAAGGUUUUCUUGCGCCGCAAGCGUUGAUACAUGAGGCCCCUGGAAGCUCGGAUGAUGACCUCCAUAGGCAUUGUAAAAGCCAGUGGCAGGAUGGCGCAUCCUGCCAUUAUCCCUACUACUUGGCAAAAGAAAGCUGUUCAGGGGAGGUUGUGUGGAACUGAACUGAAGGCAUUGGCUAGGGUGAUCAUAUGUCCUUUUUUACCUGGACAUGCCCUCUUUUUGGGUGCUGUCCAGCCUGUCCAGGAGGAGUUUAUAAAAUACUUCAAAUGUACGGGGGUUUCCAGGAAGUUUUGAGUCUGUGUAACGUGGACUAGCUGAGUUAGAAGUGCGUAAAAAUCACUCGAUCCGACUCGAAAAACCUUCAAAAUUCUGGUCAUCCAGGUCCUUAUGUUUCUAAUGCAUGCUUCUACUUUAGUUAUCUGAUCUGUCCCAUUUAGCAUCAUAGAUAUGUAUUAUUGUGUGUUGUCUGUAUAACAGCUAAAAUAUAUGGAGUGUUUCUGAAAGGUCAUUAUUGAGAGUGUGUACAGUUUAAAGAGUGAAAAGAAUCAGUUUAAGCACCAAACCUCAGUGAGCACAGAGGACGGUUAGUUCCAAUGUACAAACUGAAAUCAGUCGGGUGAACAUAACUGAAGUCAAACCUUUUUUUAUUCAGUUUUAUGGCUUGUAGUUUAUGUCUCUUGUUAAGACUGAGACAUUGUCAAUGAAAAAUAAUUAAUUAUUAACUAAUUGUGUUUUCAUGUGUCUGACAUAGUCUAUUCUGUGAUCUUUCUUUACAUUUCCAAAGUACUGCCAAGCUGGUACUUUAUUAUUUAAAAAAAAUUACUCAAUCUUUAGUUUUUUUGAUAAAACUUUUGUUCCUUGUUAAAUUAACCCUUGAAUUUUGUUUUGGGUGCCUAAUUGUCCUUGUCACAAAGUGUAUCUCUGCUGAGAGGAUUGCCUGAAGAGAAACUAGCCAGGAUUGUUGAUUGUUUGGAAGUGGUGAGUAUUUCAGUUUUUUCUGACCUAAUUGAUUAGAUUCAGAUUCAUUUAGAGGGACAAGAGAGCCAUUGACUUUGUGUCUUUUCAGGACUGUUUUGAAAAAGGAGAGUAUAUUAUUCGAGAGGGUGAAGAAGGAAAUACAUUCUUUAUCAUUGCAAACGGAGAGGUGAGACACCAGAAUCGUAUCUGUGAUGCAUGCUUGAUAGAGAAGCGGUCAGAUUUGAAAACUACCAGUAAAUUAAAAGGAAUUCAGUACCCAGGGUUUGUCAUGAAAAGCCAAGAUGAUCAGGUGUGGAGGUAGCAUCCUUGAUCAGGACUGACCAAGGAUGCCAAAAGAUGAGGACCCCGUUACCUCUGUCUCCGUACACACCUGCCUCACCUCAGCCUAGCAUGGGCCCAAAGCUCCAGCCUGUGAUGUCAUCAAGUGUUCCAUCACUCACACUUUCUUGAGUACAUGCAAGAGCGGACAUACCAACCAUCAUGCCCAUACAUCUGAAUGAAGACUGAACAGUUCCCCUUAUUCACACAGUACAAAAUAUAGCCAUAUAAUCAUGCAACAAAAAAUAGAUCAUCUGGUUUUGCUCACACAUUCACCUUUUUACAGAUAUCCUUCUAAAACGCAUUUCUUUUGGCAAUGCUAAGAUGUCUUGGUGGAGAGGCCCAUUUGCCUCCUCCACCAAGACCUCCAACUCCUUAGCUUGAAACUUCAUUUUUCAUCCACAGCCACUCUUUUCUCCAAAACUCUCCAUGGUGACAGCUGGUAGCACAUGCAAAAUACUCCUUUAAAUAGGGUGGUCAAUCCCACGUGCAAUCAUAGUAGAUCACCUGCAAGGGAGUGUUAUUUGGGAUCUUAGUAGGUCAGGCCCAUUGUGUAUAGUUAAAUUUUUUAAGACCCACUAACAGGAUAAAUCAGUGUCUAAUACUGCUGAACUUUUUACAAUAAGCACCACUGAGCUCAGUGAAAUGUUGGUUGUUGAUGGCCUUUUUCCUCUUUUUGUUUGUAGGUAAUCGUUACUCAGAGUACCGAGGGGUUUGCUGAACCACAGGAAAUCAAGACGCUGGGAGUAGGAGACUACUUUGGAGAGAAGGCUCUCAUCAGGUAUGAACAACAUCUUCAAGGGCUUUAAAACUUGAAACCUUUUUCACAGACACACAGCAUCACACAAAACACCAGAUUUAGAGUACAGAGUUAAAUCUUUUAUGUACUCCCCUGUCCGUACUUGGCCAUUUAUUUACACACUCUGAGAAUGUUAGUUGUCUGCGUCUACUGCCUGUUAACCUGGGUCAAAUAUAAAUAGUAUAUAAUGCAAAUAAAUUAUGAUAAAAUUACAUUUUGAUGAGUUGUUUCAGUAAGUCCAGCAUCACCCUGACUGACCUGACUGUAUGAGGGCACAGGGAGAUGUGAGGAGUCCUUAUCAGGAAAAUACAAGGAUUUCAGCAGGAUUUCUGUCUGACUGUUGUAUCAUUUAUGAAACUGGCCUUCAAUCCAUACCAACCACUCAGCUGACAGAGCUGUGUGACAUGAACACACCCUCCACUUAGCAUAGUUGAUCUAAGCUGAUGCUAGAGGUCAUUUGUGGGUCAUUUAAAGACACGUCUCAUUAUACUGAAGAAAUAGCUGUGUGUGUGUUUGGGUUCGUGUUGCAUGUGGUUGACUGAACUGUGUAUGUUUAUUUGCAGCGAGGACGUUCGUUCUGCUAACAUCAUCUGCAAUGAGAAUGACACACACUGCCUGGUGGUGGACAGAGAGUGAGUUCAAAGCAGCAUAUAAAGCAACUCUAUACGUUAAGGCCUUUGUAAUUAGCUGUAAUUAAUGGUUAAUAAAAAUAGUUAAUAGUUAAAAAAAGGAUUUGUAUUGUAGAUAUAUACACUCACCGGCCACUUUAUUAGGUACACCUGUCCAACUGCUCGUUAACACUUAAUUUCUAAUCAGCCAAUCACAUGGCGGCAACUUAGUGCAUUUAGGCAUGUAGACAUGGUCAAGGCAAUCUCCUGCAGUUCAAACCGAGCAUCAGUAUGGGGAAGAAAGGUGAUUUGAGUGACUUUGAACGUGGCAUGGUUGUUGGUGCCAGAAGGGCUGGUCUGAGUAUUUCAGAAACUGCUGAUCUACUGGGAUUUUCACGCACAACCAUCUCUAGGGUUUACAGAGAAUGGUCCGAAAAAGAAAAAAUAUCCAGUGAGCGGCAGUUCUGUGGGCGGAAAUGCCUUGUUGAUGCCAGAGGUCAGAGGAGAAUGGCCAGACUGGUUCAAGCUGAUAGAAAGGCAACAGUGACUCAAAUAACCACCCGUUACAACCAAGGUAGGCAGAAGAGCAUCUCUGAACGCACAGUACGUCGAACUUUGAGGCAGAUGGGCUACAGCAGCAGAAGACCACGCCGGGUGCCACUCCUUUCAGCUAAGAACAGGAAACUGAGGCUACAAUUUGCACAAGCUCAUCGAAAUUGGACAAUAGAAGAUUGGAAAAACGUUGCCUGGUCUGAUGAGUCUCGAUUUCUGCUGCGACAUUCGGAUGGUAGGGUCAGAAUUUGGCGUCAACAACAUGAAAGCACGGAUCCAUCCUGCCUUGUAUCAACGGUUCAGGCUGGUGGUGGUGGUGUCAUGGUGUGGGGAAUAUUUUCUUGGCACUCUUUAGGCCCCUUGGUACCAAUUGAGCAUCGUUGCAACGCCACAGCCUACCUGAGUAUUGUUGCUGACCAUGUCCAUCCCUUUAUGACCACAAUGUACCCAACUUCUGAUGGCUACUUUCAGCAGGAUAAUGCGCCAUGUCAUAAGGCUGGAAUCAUCUCAGACUGGUUUCUUGAACAUGACAAUGAGUUCACUGUACUCAAAUGGCCUCCACAGUCACCAGAUCUCAAUCCAAUAGAGCAUCUUUGGGAUGUGGUGGAACGGGAGAUUCGCAUCAUGGAUGUGCAGCCGACAAAUCUGCGGCAACUGUGUGAUGCCAUCAUGUCAAUAUGGACCAAGCUCUCUGAGGAAUGCUUCCAGCACCUUGUUGAAUCUAUGCCACGAAGAAUUGAGGCAGUUCUGAAGGCAAAAGGGGGUCCAACCCGUUACUAGCAUGGUGUACCUAAUAAAGUGGCCGGUGAGUGUAAAUAUAUAUGUGUAAAUAUAUAUAUAUAUAUAUAUAUAUAUAUAUAUAUAUAUAUAUAUAUAUAUAUAUAUAUAUAUAUGUAAAUAAAUAAAUAUAUAUAUAUAUGUAAAUAUAUAUAUAUAUAUAUACAAAUCCUUUUACUCACAGUAGACAGAUGAACAGGUGGAAUAUCCUAGCGCCGACCCUCAUCAAUAUACAUAUAUAUAUAUGUAAUGUACUAUAUUUAUAUUUUUUUACACCAGUGAACAUCUUCUGGUCCAUUUUCAUACAUCACCUGGGAAUCUUCAUGCUGUUUGGUUAUCGCGACACAAAUAUCAAAUUGAGAUAUUUUCAACUCUUUCAACUAAAUUUGCACGAGUAACUCGCUUAAAUUGCGCAAUUCACACCGCCCAAUUUUAGUCAUUUGCACCACCAGAGUAGCACAAGCUUAUAUCACUUCUUUUUUUUACUCGCACUUGGUGUGAGCGCCCCUCUAGAGUUAGUGGUCUGUUAAUAGUGAACAACAUUCUAGUAAGAGCUUAAGGGUGCACUUGUAAGCAUUAAUAAACAUUGGUUAUGAUAUUGAUAAAGACUUACACAGUCAUAUCAGUGUUGACAAAAGUUAAUUAAAAGUUAGGAGAUGACUGUACACCACAAUUUUUACGUAAUCAGUUCCCUAUAGGUUUGCUACAAGCCAUGAAAUAAUGGUCAUUAAUCUUUGAUUAACCUUUAUGAAGUUCAUUAACAUCUUCUAGGUGUCUAUGAGGUGUAUACAAGAGACAAAUUUUCUCGAUUUUAAUUAAAUCCAUGAUUUUUUUUUUUUACAAUUUCAUUGGUAAAUGUUAAUUUCCAGGAUUUAGCGUUUUUUUCUUGAUUUUGCUCUCUGAGAAUUUUCAGUAGAUGAAAUCAAAACUCUACAAUUUCAGUCCGUAAAUCUUCUGUCAAAUUCACAAAGUUUGAAAACUAAAAAAGUACAUUGCAUAUCUGUGUGGUGCCACAGUCGAGUGGAGCAGCAGACAGCCUACAGUUAUACAAUGUACUUUUAAAGCACUCUCUGGUUUGGCUGAACUUGAGUAUCAUGAUUGAGACAAUGGCUAAAAAAGUAGACAAAUGAGCUCUUUAAAACACUCUGUUAUCUUGCAAGCGUGAAGCACAAUAAAAAGACAUUUCAAGCACAAUAAAUACACAGGGUCAGAAAUACAAUAAUUUCCGAUGCUAUAAAGACAAUGAAAUAAUUUGAACUUUCUUUGCACACAUCACAGUGAAAGCUUUUCAUGUCUCUGUGUCUCCAGUAAUUUCAACCAGAUGGUGGGAACCUACGAGGAGUUGCAGGCGUACCUCAAGGAGUACGUGGAAGAGCUUUCCAGGAGUGAUGAGAGGAGGAACGCUCUGUAAGUGCACAAUGACAGACAGGAAACAGACAAUACAACCUCUCUGUGCCCCUGUAUGACUGUGAAUAAUGUCCUACUGUAAAGUGAUUGUAAUGGUAAUUUUGACAUCACAUUUCAAUACAAUAUGUUUCAGUUUGAGUGGUGAUUGCUUGGGUCUUGGUUUAUUGAACAAAGAUACAAUAAUAAUCCCCCGCUUCUCCUCCCUCAGCCCGCACUCUCCUCAGAUCGACUCUGCAGAGGCUCAGGAGCUGAAGAGGCUGAGGGAGAGGAUCAGUCUGCUGCCUUCACGUCAGCCUUUCCAGGAGCUGGAGGUCAUAGCUACGCUGGGCAUGGGAGGGUUUGGACGGGUGGAGCUGGUGAGCUGCAGAAACUCCUUAAUAACCCUGUAAAUAGAAAUGAAAAGACCAAUCUUUCAAUCAACACUAAUAUUGCCUCUGACCGAUGAACAAGAAAAACGGUGCUAGGAAGCAUUACCAAUUCCUUAUAUAUAUAUUUUUUUUUGUAUUUCAGUUCAAAUAUUAUUAUUUUUCAAUAACUGAUAAUGACAGAAGUGUAAACAUAUUUUAAUAAUAUUUUAUAUGCCUUUUACUUGUCCAUUUCAUACCACCAAGUGCACAGAAUCAAAGACCAAAAAAGUGCAAUGCUGAAGCUCUGGGUUUUUUUCUGGUUACCCUGGACUAUCCAUAGUAAGUCAAAACCAAAUAAAUCAGUGAUAUUCAUCAAACACUUUAUCAAACCUGAUCCAGAGGGCUGUGCAGUAAACACACACAGGAAAAAAAAGCAAGUAAUAGAAACAAACACAAAUAGAAGUAGAGAGAGGGACAGAAUGAAAUAGAGUUCAUGAUAGGAUGAUACCAACAGUGACAUAAAUAAUAAACAAUACUGCACUGAACAUCAUCUAAGUAAUAGUACCACAAUAGUAUAAAGCUUAAACUGACAGCUUCUGCUUUCUCAGACCACUGUAGAGACUGAUGAUCCAUGGUGCUGCACACAUCCUUGAUGAUGCAGAGACUCACAAAACCGUUUGUUAGUUUAUCAUACUAUUUUUUCGAAUCUGAUGUUUUAAAUAUGACCAUUUUUGCUUGUGCACAGUCUCUGACAAAUAUGUUUUGACUCCUCGGUUGGGUUCACACUAACCAUUGGGGUUUGUCUGUUUUGUGCAAUGUUCUUAGAAGUGAUUCUUACAUUCCUUAGUAGGGUUGAUAAGAAUACUCACCUUCUGUGUUUUAAAGGUGAAGCUGAAGGAUGAGGACACCACCUUCGCUCUGAAGCGCAUCAAAAAGAAGCACAUUGUGGACACCAGACAGCAGGAGCACAUCUACUCUGAGAAAAACAUCCUUCAGCAGACAAACUCAGGAUUUAUCAUCAGGUCAGUGCCACAGAUUACAGUAUGUGUAGUAUUUCCUAAGAUAAAACAUCAAUCACAUCUCAGCUCUAUGUUCAAGUGUUGAUUUUUUUCUUUUCUAUAAUCACAGCUGUAAAAUUCUAAUAAAAUAAGAAAAAAAAGAAGAAAGUAAGGAAAUGGGUCAUUGUGUUGGUUUCUCAGAAAAGUUGCUAAGGAGCUCACUGUGAGAAUGCUGCUAACCACUACUUGUAGAUUUAUUGGGACUUUGACUCCUCAGGACAAAGAGCUUGUUUAAACAGACUGUUGACCAUCAGCAGGACAGAAAAGUUCAAGUAAAAUGUAAAGUGUAAAAUGUGAUGUUCACUCUGGUUUACCAACUUCAGCAGUCCUCCUCUCAGUGAGUUUCUCUUUUAAAGCUUCAGGGUCUCUUUUCUUCUUUUGUACAGGAUCCAAAAGAUGUUGGUGAUCAUUGGCUUUUAACUUUACAGGUUCAGAAACUUUAUACAACCUCUAUUCCUAAAAAGAACCAUCAAGAUUUGUUUUAAUCCAAAUUUACACAGUGUUCCAACUUUUAGGGGGAUGGGUUGUACAUAAAGCCUUGGCAGUUUUAAUCUGCACCUAUUCAUCUUUGUAGCCUCAUACAGGUGACCUCUGUGAUUGAUUGUUAUUUACCAUACAAUACAAUUUACUGGUAUAUAAAUCUCAUUAUAUAUACCAGUAGGGAAACUUUUGUUUUAUUCCUAGGGGUGCUGCUGUAUUUACGAUUAUAGGUGAAACUUCUGGUGAUAUAACAGACAGUGAAUAAAGUUGGUUAAUCUUAGUGAAGGAACAUCAGUAGCAGUUGUUUUGAAUCUAAAAUAUCUCCAUUUUCCUUGUUUUUAACACAUGCAUUUGGAAAUGUCUUCACAUAGUUCUGUUAUGUGUUCCUGUGACCUUUGCUUUUACUUGGCUUUCAGACAGAUGAAAAUCUAUAUACUAAUGAUGUUCAUGGUGUUCACGGAGUCAUGGCUGAACGAACUCACUCCGGACCCACUCGUUACUUUGGACGGAUUUCAUCUAGUCAGAGCGGACCGGAGCGUGAGGGAGAGUGGUAAUAAGAAAGGAGGCGGGAUAGCGGUGUAUGUGAAUGAGAGAUGCUGGGCACGUCAGUGUUAAAGAGCAGCGCUGCUCUAAGGACAUUGAGCUGCUGGCUGUGAGUUUGCGGCCAUAUUACCUGCCGACGAAGUUUUCGCACGUCAUCCCUCGGCUGAUGCUGCUGCAGCCUGUGAACUUCUCCACAGUGAAGUGUCCAAGCUACAAAAAUUGCACCCUCAGUCUCUGAUCAUCAUCUCUGGAGACUUUAAUCAUGCAUCGCUCUCCUCCACUCUCCCUACCUUCAGCCAGCAUGUGGAAUGCCCAACAAGAGACAAUAAAACUUUGGACUUACUGUAUGCAAACACUAAGGAUACAUACACCUCCUCCCCCCUCCCCCCGCUGGGCCGCUCAGAUCACAACCUGGUGAGACUGCAGCCCAUUUACAUACCUAUGGUGAAGAAACAACCCCCCACCAUCAGGUAUGUUAAGAGGUGGUCUGAGGAGGCCACUGAGGCGCUGCAGGACUGUUACGAGACCACAGACUGGGAUGUACUGUGCAGCCCACAUGGUGAUGACAUCGACACCAUGACCGACUGUAUCACGGACUAUGUAAACUUCUGUGUUGAGAACACCGUACCCACCAGGAAAGUACAGUGUUUCUCCAACAGCAAACCUUGGGUGACCCCGGAGCUUAAAGUCCACCUGAAGGAGAAGAGGAGGGUCUUUAAAUCUGGGGACAAGGAGGAGCUGAGGAGGGUGCAGAAGGAGCUGAAGAAGAAAAUCAGGGAGGGGAAGGCCAGCUACAAGACCAAGAUGGAAAACCUUCUGCAACAGAACAACGCGAGGGAGGUCUGGAGAGGCCUGAAAUCCAUCUCAGGUCAUAGCAGGGGCCACGAGAGGGGACCUGAAGCAGGACACAGGGAGUGGGCCAACGAGCUGAAUCUGUUCUUCAAUACAUUUGACUCUGCUCCCACUCCUCCCCCGACUCAUCAAACCAACGUCUGCUACCCCCACUACCCCCUCCAGCACCAACCCCAGCCUCUCCAUAACAGCUGACCAGGUGAGAAGUGAGCUGAGGAAGAUGAAGCCAAGGAAAGCCACGUGUCCUGACGGCAUCAGCUCCAGACUCCUGAAGGACUGUGCAGACCAGCUCUGUGAGGUGCUACUGCACAUCUUCAGCUUGAACCUGAGUCUGGAGAGGGUCCCGGCACUGUGGAAGACUUCCUGCGUGAUUCCUGUCCCCACGACAGCACACCCCAGGGAGCCCAACCACUUCAGACCUGUGGCCCUCACUUCUCACCUGAUGAAGACUCUGGAGAGGAUCGUGCUGAGGAACCUCCGCCUCCUGGUGAGCUCUCAUCUGGAUCCUCUGCAGUUUGCGUACCAGCCGAACAUCAGGGUGGACAACGCUGUCAACUACCUACUGCAGAGGUCCAUGGCUCACUUGGAGAACACCAGCAGCACUGUGAGGGUCAUGUUCUUUGACUUCUCAAGUGCUUUCAACACCAUCCAUCCUUCACUGCUCAGAGGGAAGCUUGAGAGGGCAGGAGUGGACUGUCACCUAGCCGCAUGGACCGUGGACUACCUCACCGACAGACCACAGUUCGUGAGGCUUCAGAACUGUGUGUCGGACAUGGUGGUCUGCAGCACGGGGGCUCUCCCCCUUCCUCUUCACCCUGUACACCUCAGACUUCAGCUACAACUCUGGGAGCUGUCACCUCCAGAAGUUCUCUGAUGACAGCCAUCGUCGGAUGUGUAUCAUCAGGGGAUGAGCGAGAAUACAGGACUGUCAUCACUGACUUUGUCAACUGGUGUGGCACAAACCACCUCCAGCUCAACGCCAGUAAGACAAAGGAGAUGGUCGUGGAUUUGGGCAGGAGGAGGACACCUCAGACUGUUCCAGUGAACAUCCAGGGUGUGGACAUUGAGAUGGUGGAAUCCUACAGAUUCCUGGGUGUCCACCUCAACAAUAAACUGGACUGGUCAACCAACACAGACGUCCUGUACAAGAAGGACCAAAGUCGUCUCCACCUGCUGAGGAGACUGAGGUCCUUUGGAGGGUGCAGGACUCUGCGCAGGACCCUGCUUUCUGUGAUUCUGUGGUAGCAUCUGCACUUUUCUAUGCAGUGGUCUGCUGGAGGGCAGGGAGCACCAAGAGGGACAGGAAGAGACUGAACAGACUGGUUAGGAGGGCCAGUUCUGUCCUGGACUGUUCUUUGGACUCCCUGGAGGAGGUGGGUGAGAGGAGGAUGUUAACAAAGCUUGUAUCCAUCAUGGACAAUCCCUCUCACCUGCUGCACCAGACUGUGGGGGCCUUAAGCAGCUCCUUCAGCAGCAGACUGAGACUCCCACCUUGCAAGAUGGAGCUCUACCGCAGGUCAUUCCUCCCUUCUGCAAUAAGACUUUACAACAAACUGUAAUAAAACUGGACUCACACCACCACUUUUUUCUGGCAUUUAAAUUGUGUAUAUUGUAGAUAGUUUUAUUUUUCUUCUCCCUUUUUCCUUUUCCUAUUUUUUUUCUUAAUUAUUCCAUUUAUUUAAGUUCUUAAUAUUACAAUCUUUAUUUUUAUACUUGCAUUUUUGCACUCUUUGUCUGUGAUGCUGCUGUGACAAAAGCCCCCACCACACACACACACACACACACUGCCCAAUCCAUAUACAUAGUUAAACAAUAAUAAAAAUUUAGUCAAAGGAGAAGAAAAAUAGAUAAAAAAAACUGAGUAAACUAAGAAAAUUGGCUGUUAUUAAAAAAGUUGUCACAGGUCACACCCGUGUGAUGCAAUGGGAUGCAAAGGACUUUUUUAGAAGAAAUCAAAAGUGCAUUUAAUAGGUCAGAUUUUAUGGUACUUUUUGCAGGAUCCGCAGGUUUCUCCAGCCCUCCCCUUGGUCCUGGGGUCAAAUUCAAUCUCUGAAAAUUCAGGGACAAACAUAAAUGCUGCCAGUGUUUCACUCUUCAGAUGUACAUUAACAGAAACUCCGGUUUGUGUUUUAAAGUUAGUGGAGGGUCUUUUGGCUGUGUUUCAGAUUAUUCCGUACAUUUCGGGACAAUAAGUACGUCUACAUGCUGCUGGAAGUGUGCCUCGGAGGAGAGCUGUGGACUGUGCUGCGGGACAUGUGAGUGUAGGUCCUUUUCAUGCAUUUGUAACAACUAUUCAGAAGUUUACACAAAAAGUAAUGAUAGGGUAAAUAAAUCCACCAGAAAAAAAUCACAGCAGGUCAUUGUGAAAUAUACACAAGAGCAGAGCUGGUAAAAAAUUGAGGACUUUUUAAAAUUUGAUUGAGAAAUAAAGGAGCUGUCUAAAAGUUUGCUCAAUGUUGAUCUAAUUAUAGAAAAAUCUGAAAAUAAAAAGUUGAAUUUUGCAAAGCUGUCCACAUCACACCACUUGUAUGUUUUCUCUAACUUGUGGUGACAUAUUUUGUGUCUAGCUGGAUCCUUCAGCCUUCAUAUGGUGGCAGGAAGUUGACUAAGGGCCUCAUUCACUCUGAGAUGAGCACAUUUUUAUCUCACUGCCCUGAUCAUUUUUCUGGAAGAACAGAAAUGAAAUGAAGACAACAGCUUCUCACAGUUUGACACUGAUUUUGUCAGCAGUAAUGGUCUUUAAGCAUGGGCAGAUGUUUAAGACUAUUGUUUCUCAAGGAAAUCAGCUGUCAACAGCAGGAGACUAAUGGCAGUUGCUAAGUUAUGAUCAUCAUGGCAACCUCUGAUUUUGUUUGUAUCUGCUGACCCUCAUUUAUCACCGAACACAUACAGAGAAAAAAAACAUGUUUACACUUUUGAAGUACUUUGAAGACUUGGUUCCCAUCAUAAAAGUUCUUUCUUUUUAACACAUUUACAGUUUCAUUUCCUCCACCCUUAUCCUCUUUAUCUUUUUUCCUCUUUAUUUCAUCCUUUUUUUUAAAUUAUAUGUAACGCUUACCUUUUCCACGUUAUACUAUAGGGCAAAAAUAAGAGCAAAAAUAAGCUAUUCUAGCCAUUAUUCAUAUAAAUAUGGGAUAACAUACAAAUGAAAAAACCUCAAAAAAAGCAUUUUGCACUAUGAGGAAGUAUUAUUUUACACAAGCAGGCAAGUGGGGCUGACUCCAGAUGAGGUCAGGACUGUAUAAUGUGCCAAAUAUGGCGAUUUUCGACCUAAUGUACCACACAUUUUGACUAAUUACUCAAAAAGUUAUGGAAUGCCCAUCCUGAAACUUGCAGGGAUGCUAGUGGACAUGAUAGUCUUUUAUAAGUGUGAAUAUGAAGAAAAUUGAAGGACGCACGUUUUUUGCUAUUUCCAAUUUAAGUUUUUGGUAUUUUCUAAAUUUUUUCUGGUCCAAUUUGGGAAAAAAUGUUAUGAACAAAAAGAUAGAACUUGACGAGCGCUUCGAAAUGACACCUGAAUCAGCUCUCUAGGUGCCAUACUUCCAGAGAUAUGAACACUUUUGUAAUGCAUGUCAUGCUAGUUAGCCAAAAAUUCAUUAGCCCCUAUCUCACUAAUUAGAUGGCUUUGAACAAAAAUAUUUGAGCUCUGACAGUUUCUCCUGAAGGCCAAUCACUCCACAAAAUGUCAUCAAAAUCUGUGACGUGAGUGGAGAUUCUUGGUUGAAUUGACAUGGAAUGACCCUAUAUAUCUUUAAUGCAUCACUUUAUUCAUGCUGCAGUUUGUUACAUUUCUUUUUUAAGAUGGAAUGGAUUUUCCCUGUGAACCUGCAGCCUGUCAACAUUAUGACUUCUCUGUCCUUAUAUGUCAGGAGUUUUUUUGAUGAUGCCACAGCCAGGUUCUGCACUGGUUGUGUCUUAGAGGCUUUUGAUUACCUCCACACUCUGGGCAUCAUCUACAGAGACCUGAAACCUGAAAACCUUCUUCUGGAUGCUGAGGGUUAUGUUAAAAUGGUAAACAAGUCUAACUAUUUGUUAAAGCAUUGUCCCUUAUUGUUGUUAUUAAUUUAGCAUAUGAAUGACUUCUAAAUAUGUUCUGAACUCCUCUGCCCCACCUCAGGCUGACUUUGGAUUUGCUAAGAUAAUCGGCCGUGGAAAGAAGACCUGGACUUUCUGUGGUACUCCAGAGUAUGUGGCCCCAGAGGUCAUCAUGAGUAAGGGCCAUGACUUUGGAGCUGACUGCUGGUCUUUAGGGAUCCUCAUAUUUGAACUGCUCACUGGCAAGUAGGUCACUAAAGAUGGAGUCAGUUACUGCUGAGGUACGUUAGCCGAGACUAAAGAGUUUCACUAGAAGAACAAAUAGGUAGUGUCCUGUAAGAAAAGGUGUCCCAAAGUGUCAUCCUUCCCUGGAAAGGUUUAGUUUGUUUAGCUUAUCUUUUUAGUUUGGUCUAACUUUGCCUUGAACUUCACACACUUAAAGGCCUGUUUGUUUCCAGCCCUCCUUUUUCUGGCUCAGACCCCAUAAAGAUUUACACUAUGGUCCUCCACGGCAUUGAGAAGGUGGACUUCCCCAAGAGGAUAGGCAAGCGUCCAGAUGACCUUAUCAGGAGGCUCUGCAGGUACGAUGAACCCAAAGUGAGCGACCAAUUAUUGAAACACAGAGAGUGAAUCAUGGUGGAAAGGCUGCCUUGGGGCAGAGCAGGCAGUUUCAUGAAUAAUUGUUACAAUCUGCUGUAAUGUUGUUAAACCACAGCUGAGAGCAGCAGUCACUGCUGCUCAUCAUCAUAUCCAUCAUGACUUUAUCACAGACGUGUUAGGCGCUAAGUGAGUCUGCUGUGUUCGAUUUAUUACUCCAUUUUGAAACUAAUUCAAUCCACUAUCCACUACUGUCUUGUUGUUUUUUCCUAGCUGCUCUCUACAAACAAGAAAAAAAGAAAGAGACAUUAAACCUGACAUUAAGAUGAUGACCUGUUUUUCUCUCAGGUUAAACCCCGUGGACAGGCUUGGAAACAAAAAGAACGGCAUCAUCGACAUCAAAAAACACAAGUACAUUUACUGUUCUUAUAAAUGAACCUUAAAAAAAGACAUACAGGCAAAGCUGUUCAUUUGUAAAUAUUAUAAUCAUGUUAUAAUUGAUUAAUCUCACUGAAAAGCACUUUUGUUUGCUUAGUAUUUGGUGUUACUUUUAGCUUUUACCAGAGACAAGUAUGCACAUGGGUCUGCAAUGUGGUAUAUUACAUGAAAAUGAUCAAUAAAAUUAAAUGAAGUGAAACCAAGUCCCCUUAAAACAUUCAUAAUGUGAUAAAAAAAAAGUUUAAAUUUUCAUUGGCUAUCAUGUGACAAGAUAAAGUCAUAAUGAAACAAGAUUAAAGUCAAGUAAAGUCAAAGUAUUUUGCAUUUCAUUUUUAUGUGACAACAUUAAAGCCACAUUGCUGAGAGAAUAAAUAACGGUCUCAGGGUAUAAUACUGUGGUAAAGUUAUAUUCCUGAGAGAAUGAGGUUGUCAUGUUUUGAGUUUUGAGAAAAAAGUGUGGAUAAAGUGGUAGUUUUGGUUCACAGUGAGGAGCCUGUCUGGACCAAAAUGAGGACCGUGAAGCAUCUGGUUAAAGUGUUCCUAAGGUUUUGUCUCCUCGGCUCCACAUUGUAAUAGGUAUCAGGACUCUGAAAAGACUGAGCAGGAAGCUGAGACAGGUGGUCUCCUCCUUCAAAACGACUAUGAGGCUGAUCAUUGACUAAAUUAGUGACUUUAAUCCUGUAAUUUCCUAAUAUGAUGACUUUAUUCUUGAAAUCUCAAAAUCAGAUGACUGUUAUCUGAUUGAACUUGCACUUUUACACAACAGACUCUUUUGCUUAAUUGCCUGUGUUUGUAGGUGGUUUCAGGGCUUUAACUGGGAGGGUUUGAGGCGCCACAAGCUGCCGUCUCCUCUGAGGAGAGAGGUGAGACAACUGCUGAUGUCAAAACACAGAAAGGUCCAAAGUGAAUGUUUUGCUUCAGAUGCCUGAUUGUUUUUUAAUUUUCUUUUUUCUUAAAGGGGACCUGCAAUCAAAAUUUCAUACCCAUUUUUAUUUUAUUUUUUUUAUAAUCCUUGAUGUCCUCUGAUCAUGUUUGCAACAUAAUUCUAGCUGAAAAGUUAUUUGAUGGUUUGUUUUAGUAUGCCUAAAAAACCUUACAGGAAAACCAACUGAUUUUGGCUCAUUUAAGGUUAAUGAGCUUUGCUCUGAUUGGAUCGCUGCUGUGAAGCCUGCUGUGCUCUGAUUGGCUCAGCAGUGGAGGUUCGGAUUUCGGUUUAUCCAUUUUGCUAAUGUGUGCUAAAGUAAGGUGCCCAGAUGUCUGUAAUGAUAUCCGGUGCGGCGGCGGCGGGGAGGGUGCGGCGACUGUGUGAUCACAGACAAAAUCUCGGUACUAUUUAGUAGCAGCACAUGCCCCUUGUAAUAACCCCGUAAGAACUGUUGUUCAGGACUGCUUACUUGUGCUUCCUACCCAUUCUGCUACUGUAAUAACCGUUGUUCAAACCCACACGCAACAUUUUUGCUCUCAUUCGUGAAACGCUUAAAUCAGGGACGUUUUCGGGGACAGCUUUUGCCGGGACAGGUCAUCCAAUACGGGGACUAGCCCCGGAAAUCGGGGACGUCUGGUCACCUUAUGCUGAAGGCUAAAAACGGCAGGUAUUAAACCAUAUAUUUUAGACCCCGAGUCCGAAGAGGAGGUGGAAGUUGAGGAAGAAGCCGGAGAUCUCCAGCGGUGUUUUCUCAUUCAUUCUGCCCAGCUUUAAGUUCAUUUUCCCGGCAGUGAACCCAAGGAAACACCGGUCGUUUGGAAGAGACCCAUAGCGGAUACAGUGGUAGCUGGUACUCGCUCUGGCUGGAGAGUGAUGUUGACUGUGACUGAGUAUGAGAACAAGAGAGUGGGCGAGGCUCACCGAGGACGCGCUCGUGAAUAAUAAUGAGCAAGGUCAGCGUGAGUGAGAAGGACCUGCUUUUUCAAUUGGCCUGGUUUACCCGUUUCUUUAUUUUAAACCUUUAAAGAAUGCAAACGUCGUAACGGUUUGUUUUCACAUUUACAACAUAAGACGAACAUAAUAUGGACCUUAUCUGACACAAAAAAUUACAUUUUUGAUGGCAGGUCCCCUUUAAAAUCCAGGCUCAGUUUGGAUUACAGAUGCACUUGUUUUUAGACUAAAGGAUGGACAUCAAGAUCUGGUUCUGAAGCGCUCCUUACAUACCAGCUCUAUAAAGAAACCCAAAAACGCUGCUUGAACAAACCUGUUAUACAAUCAAAGAUAAUUUCUUUCAACAUCAUAUGAUUCAUUAAUUCAGUCUCAUCCAGGGAUGCAAAUUCUUUAAACACAUGGACGUUUAUGAGAAAUAAAGGUGUCCUGUGCUCGCAGUUUGGAAAUUCAAACUUUUUUUUUUUUUAAUCAAUUUCCUUGUUCUGUUAGCUAAAUUGACUUUGCACUCCUGAAAAUAAAGUCAGAUUCAGGCUUUGUCUUGAAUUAACUACACAAAUUCACUGAGAGUGAAGUGAAAGCUGAGCUCCUGAUCUUGUUGCCGUCUCUCAUUCAAACGUAGCUCUCAUUAUUGUGAGUUAGAGUAAUGUGUUAAUACAAAGCUCUACCUGACAGCUGUGUGACCCCAUGGUUUGGUUUGUGUCUGCAGCUGAAGGGGCCAAUGGAUCACAGCCACUUCGACUCGUUUCCUCCUGAGGCUGAGGAGCCUCCUGAUGAGCUGUCAGGCUGGGAUAAAGACUUCUGA